AUGGAGAGCCAGCGCUGCUUCGCCAACCGCUUCGAUGACUACCCGGGCAGCCCGGCGGCAGCGCCGGACAGGGAGGCGGCGGUGCCGCUGGUGACGGCCACCAUCGAGCGGAUCCUGCGGGAGCUGCCGCCCCUGGGCGGCCCCCGCGGCUGCCAGGGCGGGCUGUACGGCGGCGUGGCCGGCGUGGCCUACAUGCUCUACCACGUCGCGCAGUGCCCGCUCUUCGCGCCGUCGCGGGAGGCCUACCUGCGGGCGGCCCGCCGCGUCGUGGACGCCUGCCUGCGCUACCAGGAGGGCGGCGGCGAGGCCGACGCCGACACCCGCGCCGCCUUCUUGCUGGGCGGCGCCGGGGUGUACGCGGUGGCGGCACUGGUCUACCGCGCCCUGGGGCUGCCCGACUUCGCCCGGCCGCUGGGCAAGUUCCGGGAGCUGAGCGAGGUCUGCGCCCCGCUCUCCUUCCUCGAGUGCGGCUCCGACGAGCUCUUCGUUGGCCGCGCCGGCUACCUGUGCGCCGCCCUGGUGCUGAAGCAGCGGCUGGGCAUGGAGGUGCUGACCCCAGCACAAAUAAAAUCAAUUUGUCUGGCCAUACUAGAAUCAGGAAAGCAGUAUGCAGUGAAGAAGAGGAAACCGUUCCCACUCAUGUAUUCCUACUAUGGAACAGAGUAUCUUGGUGCAGCACAUGGGCUUUCAUCAAUCCUUCAGAUGUUGCUUUCCUAUUAUGAGUACCUGCAGCCAGCAGAUCAGGAGCUUGUGUGGCAGAGCGUUGAUUUUCUUAUGGACCAAGAACAGAACAGCAACUGGCCUCCUGAGCUGGGAGAGACAAUCGAGCGGGAGAAUGAGCUUGUACACUGGUGUCAUGGAGCUCCAGGCAUUGCCUAUCUGUUUGCCAAAGCUUACCUGGUUUCCAAGAAGCCUCAAUACCUGGACACUUGUAUCCGCUGUGGAGAGCUAACUUGGCAGAAAGGCCUGUUGAAGAAGGGACCUGGAAUAUGCCAUGGAGUGGCUGGUAGUGCUUAUGUGUUCCUGCUGCUGUAUAGGCUCACUGGAAAUUCAAAAUACAUUUACAGGGCACAAAGGUUUGCAGAGUUCUUAUUUACAGAAGAAUUUAAGGCUGGUUCCCGGGCAUUAGAAAGUGUAUAUAGUCUGUAUGAAGGCUUCUCGGGAACUGUGUGUUUCCUGACUGACUUGCUGCAACCCAACCAAGCCGAGUUUCCUCUCUUCAGUGUCUUUGUCUAA